AGCGGCAUCAUGAAACGUAGAAGUACACGAUCGCGUGCAAUUCGUGGAAUCGCGCCGCGAGAUGUUGCGCCAUCGCGCGAGCUCGGUGGACCCGCCGCAAAAUCUCACGGCGAUCACAAACACAAGUAUGACGAUCGCAAACGUGUGACACACACACCGCACGUCUCCAUGUUCGGAAUUAUAAAUUUUCACGUAACGAGGAGGCUUGUAUAAAUAUACGCAGCUUCCGGAAACUUCCUUUCUCUCUCCCUCUAAACGCUUUAAUAAACGCAAAGUAUUCAAAAGAAACGCUCGAUGAAUCACAAUGCCUCUCAGAUUGUAUAUCAGCGAUAGGAUUUGUGCCGAAUGUAAGGGACAGUUAUUAAUUAUUAAAGACAAAUUAAUGAAAUUGUUACGUAAGAUAAAUUAAGUUAUUGUCAACUCUCGAGCGCGGUAGUGUCUCAACGAGAGCCGCACCAUAUGCACGUCUGUCACAUCUUCGCCGAAACAAGGCGCGUAAUACUGUUUGAUUAAAAUUUUAAAGCUGAUGGAAUCGUCAGUAAUCCUAGAAAUAACUAUGCGUGCACUAAUCGGUAGAAUUCUGAAAUUUUUAGAAUUUUAUAAAAAUGAAAUUGAAGAAUUGGUUGCGUAACAUAGCAAAACAUCUUAAAUUUAAACGAUUUUUAUAUUUUGAGUUAAACUUAGAUAUUUCUUAAUAAUUAAAAAAUUUUUUAAUAUUUUUUAUUUUUAUUUAAGUUCGGACGGUCGUGCCUUAACAAACAUUUUUUGCCAAAACAUGAUACAAAUAAUCUUUCAAAUUAAAUUUCCCAAGUUGAUAAACCACCAAUUCUCGCUUAAUUAAUAAUUGCGUAAACUUAGAUGAUGAACAUAUAUUUUGAGUUAAAAAGAAGGCAAUACUUUUUAAAUAUUUUUAAAUCUUUUAACAUUUUCUAUUUUCACUUGGACCUGCAAAUUCGUCGGUUGUUUAUAGCAUAAUUGAUAAAUAUGUAAAUAAUUUACAAUUAAACGAUUUACUCCCAUGGUGAAGACUCACGACGUCUAGGAACUUCUGUAUUUUCGGCUUUCUUCCUUUCAAGAUUUGUUCCCCGCAUGAUUUUGCGGUGAAUUAAUAAUUCCGUAAUAUCACUUGCAUAAUAUAUUUGUGAUUCGUCCAACAUCCGGCCAUAACAACAAUAGGAGCCUUCGGUGUCGCUAUUUGUGCUAAGUAUCGCUAAUUACGUCGGCCGAACGAUAAUUUAAACGUAUCAAGGCGUACCACUUCUGACAGAAAGUGAGACCAAAAUUGACGGUUCUCCUUCUGUAAAUCUGCUUACUUUACUGUCUAUAAAAGCGACCGGACGUAUUUGUGCAUGACGCGAUCUUCCAAAAGAAGGCCCAACUGCAAGAACGGGGAUUAUCGUGACAUAAAAGGAGACGAAAGGAUUGGAAAAGGAUUAAUAAAACCGUGGACAGUGCGUAAAGAUGAAGAACGUCGUUCUCUUCGUUUCGCUCGUGCUAGUGACGACUCUCUUUCAAAAUGCCCAGAGCAAAAGAUUGACUUUUGGAGAGAUCAAAGAGACUCUACUGCCGGUGAGGAAAAUCUGUAUGGAGAGAGUGAGCAUCGAUUCGAAAAUGGUCGACGAAGCGAAUAAAGGUAACUUCGUACCCGACCGGAAGCUGCAAUGCUACUUUAAGUGCAUGAUGGUGAUGACGAAAACAAUGUCGAAGGACGAUAAGGUACAGCGACAAUCGUUUACUAGGACCGUGCAGAUUAUGUUGGAAGAAAAGUACGUGGAACCAGUUUUGAAAGCAAUAGAACACUGCGGGCCAGUUGCUGAGCAGUCAUUGGAAGGAUGUCAAUUGGCGUAUGAAGUAACUAAAUGUUUUUACGACUACGAUGCCUCGCUCAUGUUCUAUCCGUGAAGACAUCUCUCUUUGUGGAUCCUUCGGCGCAUCUGGAAGGCCGAAAUGAUUAUUCAUUUAUCGUCAACGCGGAAACAAUCAGCUUAUUCGAUCGAACGAAGCAACAUAAAAACUCGCAGUUAUUCAGCAUUGUACUUUAGCAACGAAAAAUUAUAACGAGAUUUAUAUAUGA